AUGAUCUACCCGGCUUGGACACUUGCUAUUGUUCUUGACGCUCGUAGAUCCUACCUUGCUGCUCUAGAUGUCUCAAUCGCGUCUAUGUUUGAUUUGUGCCAUACAGUAACACGCCUUGGUGAGCCAUUUUCCCUCGUUCUGUCUGUCACGCUGACCUUUUACCUCAUGCUUUACCCUUGGCCCUCAACAUCCCAUUCAUUCGCAACACGCCUGCACGUACCACAAGGCAACGCCCCCAUCACCUCUGCCUCCACGACUUCACCAGACCCUCAAAUCCCUACCAAACCAACUACCUUUGACACUGAACUCUCUAUCCUCAACCCUUCAUCCUCUAUACUACGGCCAAAUGGUAAUACGGGUGUCAGCGCGGACAAGAAGAAGCGCAAGAAGUCUUGCAAGGAGACUUACUCUUCUUACAUCUACAAGGUGCUCAAGCAGGUUCACCCUGAUACCGGUAUCUCUAACAAGGCCAUGGCCAUCUUGAACUUGUUUGUCAACAACAUCUUCAAGCGUAUCUAA